CGGCGCUGCCGCCCGGCCCUCAUGGCCGCACACGGAAAGCUGCGGCGGGAGCGGGGCCCGCAGGCCGAGUAUGAGACGCAAAUUAAAGAGAUGCGCGGGCAGCUGAGUGAGCAGCUGCGCUGCCUGGAGCUGCAGGGCGAGCUUCGGCGGGAGCUGCUGCAGGAGCUGGCCGAGUUCACGCGUCGCCGCGCCGAGGUGGAGCUCGAGUACUCCCGGGGCCUGGAGAAGUUGGCAGAGCGCUUCUCCAGCCGCGGAGGCCGCCUGGGGGGCAGCAGCCGGGAGCACCAAAGCUUCCGGAAGGAGCCUUCCCUCUUGUCACCCUUGCAUUGCUGGGCCGUGUUGCUGCAGCACACGCGGCAGCAGAGCCGGGAGAGCGCAGCCCUCAGCGAGGCAUUAGCCGGGCCCUCAGCCCAGCGCCUGAGCCACAUCGCAGAGGAUGUGGGACGCAUCGUGCGGAAGAGUAAGGACCUGGUGCAGCAGCUGCAGGAGGAGCUCCUGGAGGUGGUGUCAGAGCUGCAGACGGCCAAGAAGACCUACCACGCGUAUCACGUGGAGAGCGUGAACGCCGAGGCCAAGCUCCGAGAAGCUGAGCGACAAGAGGAGAAGCGGGCAGGCCGCAGUGCCCCUGCGGCCCCCGCUGCCGCCGCCACUGAGGCAGGGCCCCUCCGCAAGAGCUCCGUGAAGAAGGGCGGGCGGCUGGUGGAAAAGCGUCACGCCAAGUUCUUGGAGCACAAACUCCAGUGCACAAAGGCACGGAAUGAAUACCUGCUGAGCCUGGCCAGCGUCAAUGCUGCCGUCAGCAACUACUACCUGCGCGACAUCUUGGACCUCAUGGACUGCUGUGACACAGGCUUCCACUUGGCCCUGGGGCAGGCACUCCGGAGCUACGUGGCUGCUGAGAGCCGCACCCAGGCCUCUCACAUGCAGGGCCUGUGCAGCCUGGAGGAGGCCCUGGAGGCCCUGGAUCCCCCAGGGGACAAGGCCAAGGUGCUUGAGGUGCAUGCGACGGCCUUCUGCCCCCCGCUGCGUUUUGACUACCAGCCCCAUGAGGGCGAUGAGGUGGCUGAGAUCCAGGUGGAGAUGGAGCUGAGGGACGAGCUUCUGCCCAGAGCCCAGAAUAUCCAGAGCCGCCUGGACCGGCAGACGAUCGAGACCGAGGAGGUGAACAAGACAUUGAAGGCGACACUGCAGGCGCUGCUGGAGGUGGUGGCGUCAGAUGACGGGGACGCGCUGGACUCCUUCCAGGCCAGCCCCUCCACCGAGUCCCUCAAGUCCACCAGCUCCGACCCCGGCGCUCGGCAGCUGGGCCGGAGGCGGGGCCAGCAACAGGAGACGGAGAGCUUCUACAUCAUGAAACUCCAGGAGUACCUGAGCGGGCGGAGUGUCCUUGCCAAGCUGCAGGCCAAGCAUGAGAAGCUACAGGAGGCCAUCCAGCGAGGUGCCAAGGAGCAGGUGAUGUCUCGAACCCAGUACACGCAGAGAAAGUUCCAGAAGAGCCGCCAGCCUCGCCCUAGUUCCCAGUAUAACCACAGACUCUUUGGGGGAGACAUGCAGAAGUUUAUCCAGAGCUCAGGCCAGCCCGUGCCCCUGGUGGUGGAGAGCUGUAUCCGCUUCAUUAACCUCAACGGCCUGCAGCACGAGGGCAUCUUCCGGGUGUCGGGUGCCCAGCCCCGGGUCUCAGAGAUCCGCGAUGCCUUCGAGAGAGGGGAGGACCCGCUGGUGGAAGGCUGCACAAUGCACGACCUGGACUCCGUGGCUGGGGUGCUGAAGCUCUACUUCCGGAGCCUGGAGCCCCCCCUCUUCCCUCUGGACCUGUUUCAUGAGCUUUUGGCUUCUGCGGAGCUGGAGGCCGUGGCCGAGCGCGUGGAGUCCGUGAGCCACCUGCUGGCCAAGCUGCCCGCGGCGGUGUUGGUGGUGCUGCGCUACCUCUUCAGCUUCCUCAACCACCUGGCCCAGUACAGCGACGAGAACAUGAUGGACCCCUACAACCUGGCCGUGUGCUUCGGGCCCACGCUGCUGCCCGUCCCUGCGGGCCAGGACCCUGUGGCCUUGCAGGGCCGCCUCAACCAGCUGGUGCAGACCCUCAUCAUGCAGCCGUCCAAGGUGUUCCCGCCCGCAAGCGUGCUGCCGGGCCCCGUGUACGAGAAGUGCAUGGCGCCGCCGUCCGCCAGCUGCCUGGGGGAUGUGCAGCUGGAGGGCCUGGCGGGGGAGACCGAGCCAGAGGAGGCUGAGGGACUGGCAGGCACGCCCUCCUCCGGCCCCGCCCUGGGGGCCUGCCUGGUGCCACCCUCGGAGCCGGGGGCCGUCACGGAGGCUGUGGCCUGCUUCGCCUACACGGGCCGCACGGCACACGAGCUCACGUUCCAGCGCGGGGACGUGCUGCGGCUGCACACGCGGGCCUCGCCUGACUGGUGGCGGGGUGAGCUGGGCGGCGUGCGGGGCCUCAUUCCACACAAGUACAUCACGCUGCCCGCGGGGCCGGAACCAGGCACCCCAGCAGAGACCGUGGGCCCGCCUGGGCGCAGACGACACUGCUUGCUCCCCACGUCCCCGGAGCGGCCAGUGGAGGUGGACAAGGCUGUGGCACAGCACAUGGAGUCCGUGUUUCAGGAGCUCUUGGGAAAGACAGCGGCGGCUACCUUGUCCGGCCCUGGCGCCCGCAGCCCGAAGCCAGUGGCCUGCAGCCGCCUAGGCAGGAGCAAAGGCUUCUCCCGUGGCCCCGGGGCUGCGCCCGCCUCCUCAGAGUCCCAUGCCCAGGGCCCGGACUCCAUCUUCAAGCCACACUGAGCUGUUGUGGCAGAGCUGCUGGCCAGGCUCCUUUACAGGCCCCGCCCUGUCCCAGAAGGC